AUGGAGCUCCAAACGACGCAGACGCAGUUUCAGCCAAUGAACGAGCAGAACCGUCUGCAGACCAUCUCGGAGAAGGUCAAGAACGUGCAAGAAACCCUCACCGAGCGCCUGUCUGCUCAGUACCGUCACGUGUUGGCCACUGUCUGCGGCUCCAAGUGGCGACUGGAGACGCUUCGGUCGCUAGAUGCGGCGGCAGUUGUCAAGAAGACGCGCAUCGAGCUCGGGGCCUUUGAUUACCGAGUGAAGGAACAGGCGGAGCUGCUCACGCGCUAUUUGCUGGAGCUGGACGACGUCUUGAGCUACGGAGACGUGGAGAUCAAGCGCGCUCGGAAGGCGUUGGUGGUGUUUCUUCAGCAGCAAUUGCUCCCUCAGGCUGAUGCGUGGAAGGACCGCAGUGCCAAGUUGAAACGGUUCGGUGAGAUUGUACUUAGUCGAGUACGCAAGUCGAAGCACGAGGAGGUGACGCUCAGCGAACGUUGCAGUGACGUCGAGUCGGACGAUGUGCACGUCAAGAGUGUGAUACAUGAAGAGAGCGACGAUGAGGGUCGUGAGGGCGGAGAGAAAGAGGAAGAGAACGAGGAGGAGGAGGAGGACGACGAGGAGGAGGAGGUAGAGGUAGCGAACGUCGAAGAAAGGGACACAAGAAUUGAGGAUGAAGAAGAAGACGUGGACGAGAUUGAAGACUCCAAGGAUGAGGAUGUGAUUGAUGCAUCUGGAGCUCAUGUCAAAGCUGAGACAGUCAACGAGGAAGCCCCGCAACCAUCGACACGACUUGAAUCUUCUGCAAUGACAACCCCGGGUCUGGAGAUGUCCGUCGAGUCGUUGCCUGUGUGGCGUCCGUACUAUCAGCUGCAGCGCCGACAGGAUGGCGUGUACCUUAUUGCACGGCUUAACAGCAUCGAUCCGCGCAACUUGCGCGUGCAGUGGAACGAGCGCAGUGGCGUGCUUCGGGUGAGUGGCUUCCGACUGCCGACGCAGAAAGACCUGGUCAUGUCGCGUCUCAGUGGCGCACCAACGUUCGGACGCUUUGAGAUCACUGAGCAGUUUCCACGGAACAUGCUCAACAUGGAAGAAGCCACGCAGCAGAUCUCAGAGAAUGGCAUUUUGGAGAUCCGCAUGCCGUAUUAUGCGGCACGUCACGUGCUGCAAUAUCAUCCCGCAUCUUUUUAUCAGCCGCAAGACUGUUUUGUGUGGUAA